GAAGUGGAGCUUUCCAAAUCCCGCUGUAUCUGCAGUGGCUGCUCUGCUCUACAAUUUUCAGCUAACAUAUUCAAACGUAAUGCAAGUUUUAGAGUAGCCCUGACACUUUUUGUUUACUUCACAAUUUUUGGGCAACAGUCCGUUUCACAGUAAUCCACCAUGUUUUGGUCACUAUUGUGCGUAACCGUUUGCUUGGCAUCCCUACCUGCCGAAGCACAGAUCUCAAAUAGGUACGUUAUCGGCUGUCCCAGUCGUUGUGACAAGGCGAUGUGCCCACGUAUGCCAGUUGAGUGCUUAGCAGGAAAAAUCCUCGACCACUGCAACUGCUGCCCGGUGUGCGCCUCUGGAGAGGGCGAAGCGUGCGGCGGCAAUGGGAAGCUUGGAGACCCGGUGUGUGCAGAGGGGUUGGAGUGUUCGGUAUCGGGCGGAGUGAGCUACUCUGCCACCGUCAGAAGAAGAGGGAAGAGCGGCGUUUGCGCCUGCAAAACUACCGACCCUGUAUGUGGCAGCGACGGUGUAUCAUAUCGUAACAUCUGCGAGCUCAAGAGAGUCAGCAACCGGGCGCUGAAACUUCAGCAGCCACCUGUUCUGUUCAUUCAACGGGGAGCUUGUGGAAAGGCCCAGGACAACCCUAACAGUCUGAGACACAAAUACAACUUCAUCGCUGACGUGGUGGAGAGGAUCGCCCCGGCCGUGGUUCACAUUGAACUCUACCGCAAGAUGGCAUAUUCUAAGAGGGAGGUGGCGGUGGCCAGUGGCUCAGGGUUCGUGGUGUCGGAGGAUGGACAGAUCGUGACCAACGCCCACGUUGUGGCCAAUAAGCAUAGAGUAAAGGUGGAGCUUAAGAGCGGCGCCAUUUACGACGCCAAGAUCAAAGACGUGGAUGAGAAGUCCGACAUCGCACUCCUCAAGAUCGACUCACCAAUCAAGCUUCCUGUGCUGAUGUUGGGGCUUUCGUCAGACCUGAGGCCUGGGGAGUUUGUGGUGGCCAUCGGAAGCCCCUUCUCACUCCAGAACACAGUUACCACAGGAAUAGUCAGCACAACCCAACGAGGGGGCAAGGAGUUGGGCCUACGCAACUCUGAAAUGGAAUACAUUCAGACAGACGCUAUUAUCAAUUAUGGUAAUUCAGGAGGCCCCCUGGUGAAUCUGGAUGGUGAAGUGAUCGGGAUCAACACUCUGAAAGUGACAGCUGGUAUUUCUUUCGCCAUUCCCUCUGAUAAGAUCAGAGAGUUCCUGACUGAAUCCUACGACAGACAGUCCCGAGGAAGAGCUGGGGCAAAGAAGAGAUACAUUGGUGUGAGGAUGAUGACACUCACUCCAGCGUUGAGCAAGGAGCUAAAGGUGCGACACAAAGAUUUCCCUGAUAUCACCUCUGGAGCGUACGUCAUGGAGGUGAUCACCAAAACGCCGGCCGCAGCUGGCGGUCUGAAGGAGCAUGAUGUCAUCAUCUCCAUCAACGGCCAGCGGAUUUCCUCUGCAACCGACGUGAGCACCAUCAUCAAGAAGGAUGCCACGCUGCAGGUGGUGGUGCGCCGUAGUAACGAGGAUGUCAUCAUCACCAUCGUUCCCAUGGAGAUCGACCCCUGACCCCCCAGCCCCACCCAUGAGCUGAUGCUCAUUAGCAUCACCAAUGGACCUUAUAUGGACAUGUGUGUUUAAUCGCGCCCCAAUCUGUGGCCUUUAGUGCUUUGUGGCAUCAUGCACCUGGACUCCGCCUUGAAAAGGAACGAUUGUAUAAAGCAUCUCAGCAGAGUUGUACUUCCUCAUCCAUGUGUAUUACACUUUUAUUAUUGUACGCUUCUAGUACUGUUAACUGUUAACUAGCUAGUUGACCUGUUUUGACUUGUUUGUUCUGUGUUUUUUUUAUACUGACUGAUUGUUCAGAUGAAGGCCCACCGUGGCAAUGUAAAACAAUGUAGAGAGCAGCUCUGAGCGAGUUGUGCAAUUAUUUUUUUCUAAAUUCCUAUUCUAAGUACUGUAGUUUUAUGGUGUAUUUGUUGAUGACAUUUACAGAGACGAGAAUAAAGUCUUAAGUGUUU